UACACACAUGUAGAGAGAGAGAUCAUCACACCUCACAAGCGGUUUCGUUUCUCUCCUUGUUUACUAGGAAGCUAAUUGCCGAAGAAGAAGAAGAAAGAGAGAGAACAGAACACAACGGAUGGAUGAGAGUAUCGACCACUAUCUCUCGACCUCACCGUGGCUGGAUGCGAAUCCAGUGGAAGCAUCUCCGUGGCAAUAUGAACAGCAGAAUCAAACAAAACCACAGUUGGCCGGUUUGUGUGGCGAACUUUCAAAUAACGGGCAAGCUUUUCAUACAGAGACAACAUCAACUCUAACCAUGAAUUGCACUCCGGACGCUCUUGGUGGGAACGUUGAUUAUACCGAAAAGGGCAUCGGUAACUUCAACAGUAAUUUGCUUGGCAAUCUGCAUAAUGGUCGGAUUAAAGACGAGCAUGUUGUAACCAUUCCUAGAUUUCACUCUUACUCCUAUGAAGCCUUGCAUGGUUCAAAACUUGAUGCCUCGGAACAAUUCCCGAGUAUCUUUGACGGAACAUCUCUUGCAUCUGGUUCUGUUGGCUGCAACAGUAUAAAAGAUUUUGAUGUAUCUUUUGGAGAAACGCUACCUCCAUUCUGUGAUGGUUAUUUACUUCCCGAUACAGUCGGAGGAAGAGAUGAUAUGGACACCCUAGUGGAGAGUAGAUUUGUCAAUGUCGAAAAACUUUUGCAGGUGAACGAUUUCUCUGAAUCAAUCACCACAAAGGAUAGGCAAAUCAUGCAGGGUGAGGGCUUGCCAUCUCUUGCAACUGAGUCUACGAUAGAGGAGAAGAAGACAAUGACAACUGGACUACCACAAGCAGUGGUCGAGACUGCAUAUGCUCCUUCGGGUGGCUGUAACGUAAGUGAGAGGCCUCGCGUUCGUGCUCGUAGAGGCCAAGCAACCGACCCUCACAGUAUCGCAGAGAGGCUCCGGAGAGAGAAGAUUUCUGAGAGGAUGAAGAGUUUGCAGGAACUUGUCCCGAAUUCGUGCAAGACUGACAAGGCAUCUAUGCUCGACGAGAUCAUAGAAUACGUCAGAUUUCUCCAGCUCCAAGUAAAGGUACUGAGCAUGAGCAGGCUGGGAGCUGCAGAAGCUGUAGUUCCUCUCGUCACUGAGAGAUCGAAGAAUGCUUCGGUACCGUUCCCCUCGAGUCUUGUGGGGCAUGAGUUUUCGCCAUCAUCCGAUCAGAGCGCUCUGGAGAAAGAGAUCGUGAGGCUGAUGGAGACGAACGUGAGCAAGGCGGUGCAGUAUCUUCAAAGCCGGGGACUCUGCCUCAUGCCAGUCCCUCUUGCCUCCGCCAUCUCCAAAGCCAAAGCACACGAAAGGGACAACAACUCUGCUGGUCGUGCUCAGAACAAUAGCAGCAGCAGUGGUAGCAACGGCAGCCUUUCUUAAACUUUCGUCUUUGGAAAACAUUCACGACUCCAGGCUUUCUAGCUUAUAAAAUUUCACUAUCUGAACUGAGUGAAGUAGCGUCGAUUUUGUGCAUUCUACGGUUACAUUCUGAGAGCCUCUGGUGCCUUUGUCACGUUUCAGCUAAA